CGGGCGGACAGGGUUCGGAAUGCGGCAGGCCAAGCUAACUACUAACCGCCUACUUCUUAGUUACUCCAGAGCACACUAACUACACUACACGACACUUCCUCGACUCCCCCCUCCCCUUUGUGUUUGAAUUGUCUCUCCAUUCCCAUUGCGAGCCGCAUUCCGGGCCAUGCGGUCUUUUUUACUUAUAUCUCGCACACGUUCCCCGCCCUCCCCCAUUCAUGAUUUAUUAUUUUUCCUUUUUUUUCCUUUUCUUGUUUUUCGGCUGCGGAAGGGGAAAAGGAAAUAUCGAGGCACGGGGCGAGGCGGGGCGGGGCGAGGCGGGACAACGCAGAGAGAGAGAGAGAGAGGGAGAGAGCGAGCUGCUGAGCAGUGCGGAGCGCUUCGAGAUACUUACCCAAGUACUCACCGAGGACUUAUGCUUCGUUGGGGCCACACUCGUAUGCUAUGCAUGUCCUCGAUGCAUGUCCUCGAUGCGCGUGCUGCAUACACUUCCUGCAAGUGGGUUGGUUGCCUACGUAAGUAACCAGACUCCAGAGGGUUCUUCUUGCCAAAAAAAGAUUAUUCCUUUCUUGCCGGUGCGGGGAAGGAGGAGCCCGGAUUUUGGCCGCUCGCUGCGGGCAAGCAGCCAGCGGAUAGCGGACGGCGGACAGCAGCCAGCGGACAGCAGCCAGCAGACAGCUUGCCUUCUCGCACGAGAACCAGGACGACGCCAGGAGUACCUAGUGGGUGCAGAGGGGGAGGGAGAGAGAGAGGGGCAUGUUUCCCUCCAGGCACCAGGACCUGGGACUGGCUUAGGUGGGCCUGAAUAUCUACUAUGCGCGUCGUAUGUACCUGAAUCUUGCCCUGGAUGCUGGAGCCAUGGUAAUAACUGCUCUACAUAUAAUCCAUCGCGCAUAGAACGGAUGGUAGCUAGCUGAGUGCUAGAGAUUCACUCAAUCCGCCUGCGGUUCUGUUCCGCGAGUGCAUGUUCACUGUUGGGAUCGACAGAUGCACCGGGAGCGUGAGGCACUUGAAUCCUUCUCCCUUGAUGGAAGGAUGGAUGGAUGGAAGGAUGGAUGGGAAGAUGGGAAGAUGGCGGAUGAUCUCGUCCGGCUCCAUCGCCAGAGCUUUGGCCAUCCGGUGGAUGGAGGUGCUAUCCACUUACCGCCUCGUGCCUCCCGGCUACGGAGGGAGUGGGUGCAAGUGUUAUCCGCUUACUGCUUCCUGCCUCCCGGCCACGGAGGGACGUGGCACUGCGCU